AUGAACAAUGUUUUCACGUUUUUCACUAAAUUUCCUUCGAUUCAGGCUGGUCUCCGAACGUUGCACGAGAUUGGACCCGAACUUAAACGGGCGAUAUCUGGCAAUCUUGAGACCGAUUUCAAUUUCGAAGAUCCAGAACCACAACAUCGGCGUACUCAUUCGCUGUUCAACAACAUUGUGAAUCGUAUCGCCGGUACUCGAUCACCAUCAGAUCACGGAGGUAAGUCGGGCAGAGAGUCACGCCCCUUCUCUCCCACCAAUUCAUUGAGUGCAGUCGAAGCUAGUCCAAUGCUUACAUCCGCACCACGUCCCGUGCCUGCUCCCGUGCCCCAACAUCAAUCAGCCAACGGAGGUACCAGACGAAAUCAUUCCCAAUUCAGGCUUCCUGCUUUACCCAUUUACGCCAACCAUGUCAGAGACGAGACAAUAGCUCCCAGAAUAGAGGAACGGUCCCCUGGUCUGGAUGGCAACAGCCGAUUACUCAUGGCCAAUCGAAGCAAUCCGAUUGAUCCUGAUGAUGAAGAGCAAUGGAUAGGCCAUCGCCACCGGCAUGGUGAACGUCGAACACUACCACCCCUACGUGAACCUCUGACCAUGGCUCGUAGUCAGGCGCUGGCACUAGCAGGCAUGCCAUCGGAAGCCUAUGAAGGAACGUAUCGACCUGUUCCUGAAGGCAAAUCACUCAAUCUGCCAUAUGCAUCGAGAUCGAUCUUAACCGGUGAAGAAACACGACCUGCUGAUCGACUAGUUGGGCAAGCGCUUGGACUUGGACGAUAUAUGGACCGUCGAGUGGUUGGAGCGGCUCGACGUGAAAUUGAAGAGGCGUUUGCGUUGAAAGACCAUGAGAUGGACAUGGCUGCAGAUUCGCUAGCCCCACAAUUCAUGCAACACGUUGGUAUGAAUGAGAUGCGUGACUACAACGAGUAUUCACGAUCGGGAUUACUUCGACCGGCAGCUCAACCAUCCCAAGAAAGUUCCGGCUCACAAGAGGAUCUACUUCUCGUCACCACCCUUUAG